UGCCACACUGCAAUAUUGAGCAGGGUUUUUUUUUUUAGAAAAAAAAAAACUGCUGGAGUGCUGAGUAGUAGUGAGUACCUGGGUUCUCAAAAUUCAAAAAGAGAUCCAUGGAGAUGGAACACGAGGAUAAUAAGUAUACGAAAGACGGAACAACAGAUAUCCGUGGAAACCCUGCAGCCAAAACGAACACCGGACGAUGGAGAGCUUGCCCCUACAUUCUCGCGAAUGAAUGUUGCGAAAGAUUGGCAUACUAUGGAAUGAGCACCAAUCUAGUGAGUUACAUGGAGGGUGUCCUCAACCAGGGCAAUACCUCUGCUGCCAACAACGUCACUAACUGGUCAGGCACUUGCUACAUCACCCCCCUCCUCGGGGCUUUUGUUGCUGAUUCAUACCUCGGUCGAUUCUGGACCAUCGCCAGUUUCAUGAUCGUCUACAUCAUUGGAUUAUCGCUUCUAACCAUGACUGCAUCUGUCAAAGGACUUAAACCGCCAUGCCGUGAUGAUGUAUGCCACCCAACUGCAGUACAAACUGGAACAGCUUUCGUAGCGCUGUAUCUAAUUGCACUCGGGACGGGAGGAAUCAAGCCUUGUGUUUCUUCUUUCGGUGCAGACCAGUUUGAUGAAUCCGAUGAAUCUGAGAAGAAGAGCAAGAGCUCCUUCUUCAACUGGUUCUACUUUUCCAUCAACAUAGGAGCUCUUCUCGCCUCUUCUGUUUUGGUUUGGGUACAGACCUAUGUGGGAUGGGAUUGGGGAUUUGGAAUCCCUGCAGCGGUUAUGGCUAUCGCUGUGGCCAGCUUCUUCAUUGGCUCACCACUGUAUCGCCAUCAGAAACCUGGUGGCAGUCCCCUUACAAGGAUUGCUCAGGUUCUCGUUGCAUCGCUCAGGAAAUGCCGAGAGAAGGUUCAUGAUGACGAGUCUCUGUUGUAUGAGGUCACUGACAAAGAAUCUGCAAUAGAAGGCAGUCGUAAGCUCAAUCACACAGAAAAACUGAAGUUUCUGGAUAAGGCUGCGAUUGAGACUGAGCAUGACAGAUUCAAGGCCCGGCCGAACCCGUGGAGGCUCUGCACCGUGACUCAGGUCGAGGAACUCAAAUGCAUCAUUCAUCUCCUACCGAUAUGGGCCAGUGCUGUGCUCUUCUCCACAGUCUAUAGCCAGAUGAGCACUAUGUUCGUCCUCCAAGGCAAGAAGAUGGAACCCCACAUGGGCCCACAUUUCAAGAUCCCCGCCGCCUCCCUCUCUAUGGUUGACACCAUCUGUGUCAUCAUUUUGGUUCCAGUCUAUGACAAACUUAUCGUCCCUAUGGCUCGUAAAUUUACUGGCAACGAGCGAGGAUUCACCCAGCUGACUCGAAUGGGCAUUGGCCUUGUCAUCUCCAUCAUAGCCAUGUUGGUAGCUGGCACUGUAGAAGUCAUCAGGCUUCACGUUGUAGCGAGAGAUAAUUUGUAUGAUUCUAAAGAUUAUGUGCCUAUGUCGAUUUUCUGGCAAGUACCUCAGUAUCUCAUUAUAGCGGUUGCUGAGGUUUUCACUUUCAUCGGGCAACUAGAGUUCUACUAUGAUCAAGCACCAGAUGCCAUGAGGAGUAUGUGCUCGGCGCUGUCGCUGACCACCAGUGCGAUUGGAAACUACCUUAGCACGCUGCUCGUGACGGUGGUUACUGACAUUUCUACAAGAGAUGGAAAGCUGGGAUGGAUUCCUGAUAAUCUGAAUAGAGGCCAUCUUGACUAUUUCUUCUGGCUUCUUGCAGUUCUUAGCCUCUUGAACUUUGGGGUGUACCUCCUGAUUGCAAAGCGGUAUACCUAUAAGAAAACAACAUAGCCUUGAUGAUUUUGCUGUUACUAUUACAGUACUAGCUCACAAGGGAAAAAAUUGCUGGAAACGAAGUUUUAGCAAAUUUUAUAGACAAAUGUUUGUUCCACUUGUCCUUGCAUUUUAGUUUAUGAAAUUUGUUCCAAUACUAAUAAAUUUGUCACUGAAAGGUAUUUGUAGUUGAAGGAAGCCAUAUCUUUAUUCAUGUCGACUACUGAUUAGCAUCAGCAUUUGUUUACAUUUUUGGCUAUAGAUUGGCUGGUUUCUAUGAUCUAUGUAUCAAGAUCUUUAUUUUACUCAACAACACAUUUAAAAGAUUUCAGAAUACGUACGAGCAG